UGAUACACUGCGUCGGACACUCCUAGGUGAUGACUUCCUCUCCAGAAAAAGCAGAUUUUGAAGAGACAGACUGAAAAAAGCUAUUAUUUUGACACUCCGUUUUUGGUAAAGAAUGCGGUGAAAAGUACAAAACGACUUGUUUGACUCUGCGUUUUGAAAUGUAGCCAUGGCAGCCGAACGGUCGUCCCGGUUUGCAGACCUGCACAGGCUGUAGUGAAAGCGAUGCUGAGGGUUUGCUGAAGCCUUAUGAUAUUCAUUUGCCUUGUCCACGGUGGGGCUUUAAUAUUGUUACGGAAGACAGUCGAGCAGCACUAUCUGAUCUCGUUCCGUGAUGGAAGAAGUCGAUAGGAUUUUAAUUCACUCUCUAAGACAAGCGGGCACAGACAUUGACGAGGAUGUUCAAAGUGUGAAGCAGUUCACCAGUGAGCUGAUCGUGGAGGCGGUGGUCAGAUGCCUUCGGGUGAUCGACCCAGCAGUGGGCAAUGGCCUGUCCCACUCGCUGCCCCCUGCCAUGUCUGCCCGCUUCAGACUGGGCAUGAGCCUGGCACAAGCCUGUCAGGAUGUGGGAUUUAAAGGAGAAAUUGGCUACCAAACAUUUCUCUACAGCAAUGAACCAGAGAUUCGUUCUCUGUUCAUGUUCCUGGUUGAGAAGCUGCCCAGAGAGAGUGCAGAAGCCUCGGACCAGCCUGCAGGGAAGUCUGUGCUGUUGCAGAGAGCCAUUGCCGCUCAAAUUAAAGCGCAGUUGUCAGUGCCUUGGCUUCCUUCGACCUGUAGACUUCCUGUUCAUCGCAAAACACAGAGUUCUGGCCCCUGCCACAGUUUCCACGCCCAGCCGCUGAGCCUCCCAUAUUCACUGAAGGUCUCUUCCAGGAAACAGCCAAAAGAGGUGCAAGAAUACUGGAGGAAUUAUUUGUUGCCUGUGACCGCCCAGCCUUCCCAGCCUGCCUCAGUGCCAGCGUCCCUCUUGGAGAACCACAUCUCUGAACUCAGUGCCGCUCAGGAAUGGGAGAGUGAAUGGAACAGCCAAGGCCUCCUGUCCAGACUCACACCAGAGGAGUACAGAUCUCGAAAGAAAGCCCGGCUGCAGAAGCGGAUCGAGGAGCAGCUGAGAACGGCAGCUCAGCCUCGUCCAGACACACAUGGAGCCAUGCGCUCCACUUCUGACCUCGCAGAGCUGCUGCAGUCAUUCGGUGGAGCUUCCACAGGGGGAGAUGUGCUGACCAAAGGCACACGCUUCACCCACACUGAGAAGUUCACCUUCACACAGGAACCGGAGAAAGCCGUCCAGCAGAUGGCAGCAGCAGCAAGCGCUCUCCCCAGCUCUCAGCAGUCAGAGGAGGAUCUAAAGGCUCAGCAGGAAGCUGAACUCUCCGCUCUGCAGCAACAGUUGCAGCAACUCUCUGUCCAAAUGGAAGAAGUGGGUGGAGACAUAAAGCAGCUCACAGUGUCCAUCCAGCAGGUGACAGAUGAACUGCAAACGAGAGAAGUGACUAACGCUGAGAGGGAGAAUUCAGUCAAAAUGAAGAGACAGACCAUUGACCUUCUUCCUGACGCUGAAAACAACCUGCUCAAAUUACAGAGUCUGGUGGAGUCCAGCUCUAAACGAGUGGUUCAAUUGGCCUCACAGUGGGAGAAACACAGAGUCCCGUUGAUUGAUGAGCACCGCAGGCUAAAAGAGCUGUGCAGCAACAGAGAGUCUGAGUCCUCCAGGAAGCUGUCAGAGAUCAAAGACCUGCAUGACAAAAUCCGACAGUCUGCCGAGGAGGCCAAAAAGAAGGAAAGCCUGUACAAGCAGCUGCUAACAGAGUUUGAAACGCUGUCUAAAGAUGUGUCUCGCUCUGCCUACACCAUCAGAAUCUUGGAGAUCGUCGGCAACAUAAAGAAACAGAAGGAGGAAAUCACUAAGAUUUUGUCGGACACAAAGGACUUGCAAAAAGAGAUUAACGGCUUGACGGGGAAACUGGACCGAACAUUUGCCGUCACAGAUGAGCUGGUGUUUAAGGACGCCAAGAAAGAUGAAUCUGUCCGCAAAUCCUACAAGUAUUUGGCUGCUUUACAUGAGAACUGCACUCAGCUGAUUCAGACCAUUGAGGACACAGGAACCAUCAUGAGAGAAAUCCGAGAUCUGGAGGAACAGAUUGAAACUGAAAAUGGCAAAAGGACAGUAAGCAAUCUAGAGAAGAUCCUUGAAGACUACAAGGCCAUCCGUCAGGAGAACUCAGCUCUUGCCGCAAAGAUCCGGGAAGGCUGAGGUCUGUCUCUCCGUCUAUGUUUGACGGUACCAGAAAAUGAAACCCUGGCCUGCUGAAAUGAGAGCUGCUUCGAGAGAGACGACGGUUUGGCUCCAUCUGCGUCAGCCCUCCAUCCGAAAUAAUCCUCAUCACGUCAGCAACUUUCAGCUCUUUACUGAGGGUUUGAACACGAGUUUUUUGCAUCAAAAUGACACAAAUUUGAAGAAAUAUUAGUUAAAGCUAACUCUGAUCAUUGUGAUGAGAUUCAGUUUUUUAAACAAAAAGCUAGGACUGCAAUAAUUUGAGAAGGACCGGUACUGGUGCUUCAGCUUGGUAAAACAUCUUUGUUAUACAGUGAUAACCAUAUUAUGAAAGUACGCCGUGAUCUCUGACUGUUGUCCAUUUAAAUGAGUUGAACUUCUCAUGAACCGUACUAGUUUCGGGCCGUUUGAUUGUGCUUGGAGAAUAGUGGGCUGAUAACAAGUUAAAACACUCAUGAACAGCUUGCCUGUUUCGUAUUAAAGCAUUCAUUUGAUAACAUAUCUAUUUGUUUGGCUCUGAUGGAUCCUUUGAUCUGUUCAAAUAUUCAUCAUUGAAAGUUAUGUCACAAGAAGUACUGUCUGUAGGAAACACAUUUAAGUGUCUGAUUGACUAACACUGAUGAUUGUCCCAAUCAAAAUGGUUUUCAAGACGAUUUCAUAGUUUAUGCCUGUCUUUGGAAAGUUUGAUUUUAGAGAUUAUAUGGAAACGAAUGUUUUGUAAUUUACCAUGACUUGUAUACUGUACAUCUGCUCAAUCUCUGAACAUGAUGUUCUGUUAUUUCACCAAA